AUGAAAUAUCCAUGUGCAGAUAUCUGCAAAAGACUCUCAGCGCAGAUGACUGUAUCACGUUCGAGCAUAAGCCUGGAGAAACGCUUGCAAUGGCGCAUAUGGGAUUCCAGGGUGUUCAGCAUCCCUUCACAUAGCCUGAAUAGCACGGUCACUCGACCUUGGGUCUCUCUUGGGACUUCUGAACAUAUCGAUGCAGACCAUGCGUCUGUUGACGGCGAGUCUCCUGCUUGUCCUGGGUGUUUUCGGGGGUCAAAUGGUACUAGUGAGGCUCUGAAGCACCAUGGUGAGAAGCAUUUCAAGUCAGAAAGUGGGAAUUCUGUUUGGAGACUCUUGGGAGAGCAUUCUCUGCCAGCUCCACCGGAGUUGACUCUUUUCUUUGUCUACUGCAUGUUCUAA